CACGGGUUGAACCGACAACCCAAUAACCCAAACCUUCUUCUUUCUUCUCAAAUUUCCUUGAUUGAUGAGCAGACAAUCAGAGCUUCAAGCCUUCAACAACUUCCAACGACAAGGAGGCUCCAAAUCCAACAUACAGAGUGGAAAGUGGAAACCAACUAAGCUCAGGCCACGUUCCAGCAAAGUAUUUGUGACAAUUUUUUUAAUCACCCAAAACUACUCUGUCUGGCAAUACUUUGCAGAUUGCAGUUCUAAUUGACAGCAGGAAGAAAGGAAGCUCAACUUCUUUAUUAUAUACUUAAUUUACAAAAUGAAGGAAGAAGAAGUGAAUCGAUGCCAAAUUCAAGAGUGGUACCCGAAAUUUAAGUCUGUAUCCAUUAAAACCCAAAUCCAUGAACUUCCUGAAUCGUUUAUCCAAUACCUUCUUGAUGAUUCUGGCCCCUUCCUUUUACCUGUUUCCAUCUCAAAUGAUGAUGCCUUACCCAAUAGAAUUCACAACCCUGACGAGGAAGAAGACUACCAAGUAUUAGAAGGAUCUGAAGAUGAGUCUGAACAACCUUCACCACCCCCUUCUUUCCCCGAACUUGAAUUGAAGAUUAAGGAAUCAAUUGAGUCCCUUGGCAGUGCAGUCUUCCCUAAGAUGAAUUGGAGUGCACCAAAAGACUCUGCUUGGAUUAGCACAACCGGGAGUCUCCGUUGCACUUCAUUCAGUGAGAUUGCACUCUUGCUACGAUCAUCUGAUUCAUUGAUCCAUGAUUUAUGUCAUGCAUAUGAUUCAUGCAGUGAUAAGUCCUCGUCAAGACCACCGAGUUUCUUCCUUGCACUCCGGAAGUGGUACCCUUCUUUGAGUCCAGAGAUGGAAUUUCGUUGUUUUGUAAGGGGUCAAAACCUAGUUGGAAUUUCCCAGCGAGAGGUCACUACGUUUUAUCCUGUACUCCUUGAGAAGAAAGAUAUUCUUGAGAUGUUGAUCCUGCAAUUUUUUGAGGAUAAUAUAAGGCUGAAAUUUGAAUCAGAGAAUUACACAUUUGAUGUUUAUGUUACAAAGGACGAACGGAUUAAGGUUUUAGAUUUCAACCCUUGGGGUGCAUUUACAUUGCCAUUGUUGUUUAAUUGGGAGGAAUUAGAGCAGAAUACUAGGAAAGAAGGCAAUAAUGUGGACUUUAGAAUUGUGGAGAGCCAGUGUGGUGUUAGGCCAGGUUUGAAGACUGCUGUGCCUUAUGAUUACUUGGACACUGCCCCUGGAAGUGGUUGGGAUCAAUUUCUGAGGAAUGCUGAUGAAGAGUUGCAGCAGCAGAUCAGGUCUUCUGAAGCUGGUGCUUGAGAUUUUGAUUCUCUUGAUUCUUGAGAAUAGUGUUGCAGUUUCUUUUAUAUCAACUGUGAUUCAUGAAGAGGGAAGCAUGAAUAAAAUUUUAGUUUAAUUAGUUCUAUUUAAUUUUAAAAAUCAUUUGUAUUUUUA